ACCUGAAAGAUGCUAGCCAUCGAUCGGGUCGGACGUUCGAAUCCUACCGAGACUUCGGGAUCCACACCCUAAACCGACCCGCUUGGAGUCGGUCCUUCAGAAGGCAGGCUCCUCGAUUCCUCUCCCCGGCCCUCUCCCCAUCCAUCUCCUGCUGAGCUCGUGCUCUGGUUGGAUUCCAAAUUUCUCUUUCGCGAUUCAGAGCUCCGGAUUAGUUUCCUCAUGGGAACCCGCGCGCUUCCCAACCUCAGAUCACCCCUCCCCUCUCCUCCUCCACCGGCGCCAUCCCCUCUCAGAAACGAUCGGUGGAGGAUCUCUCCAUUCCCCUCCUCAACAAGGCCUCCAAGACGUCUUCCUCCUAUCAGUUGUGCUGUCCGCUUCCGCCCCUGCAUCGACAUCCACAAGGGGAAGGUGAAGCAGAUAGUUGGCUCCACACUCCGAGACUCGACGGAGGAUGCCUCUUUGAUUACCAAUUUCGAAUCCGACAAGUCACCGGAGGAAUUCGCAAGCUUGUACAAGCAGGACGGGCUGACGGGCGGUCAUGUCAUAAUGCUCGGCGCCGAUGCUGCAAGCCAAUCUGCAGCCAGACAAGCAUUGCGAGCUUAUCCCGGUGGUUUGCAAGUCGGGGGUGGGAUCAACUCGGAGAAUGCCAUGAGUUAUCUCGAAGAAGGGGCUAGUCAUGUGAUUGUAACAUCGUAUGUUUUCAGUGAUGGACAAAUGGACCUUGAACGGCUUAAACAUCUUGUUCAUAUGAUUGGAAAGCAAAGGCUCAUCUUGGAUCUUAGUUGUAGAAACAAGAAAGGGAAGUAUGCUAUUGUCACCGAUAGAUGGCAAAAGUUCAGCGAUGUGUUUCUAAACGAGCAGACUUUGGAAUUUCUUGCCACCUAUGCAGAUGAAUUUUUAGUUCAUGGAGUUGAUGUUGAGGGAAAAAGGCUAGGAAUUGAUGAGGAGCUUGUGGCACUGCUUGGGUACUACUCACCGAUUCAUCUGUUCGUAGAAAGUUUGAUCUUGGAAACUGUAAGUUGAGCAUAACAGAAAUGGGUUAUCUUGCUCUCUCAGAUUCCAGUAACUUAUGCUGGUGGGGUCACAACAAUAGCUGACCUGGAGAGGAUAAAGACAGCAGGCAAGGAACACGUGGAUGUAACAGUUGGAAGUGCCCUAGAUAUAUUUGGAGGUGAUCUGGCAUAUAAAGAGGUGGUAGCUUGGCAUGACAAACAAGUAAUGAUCAACCGGUGACUUUCAGGUGAUAUAAUGGAGGAUUAGUUGCUGGUGAACUUUAUUUAUCCACAAGAAUUUAAUGACUUUUCUUGUGGUCGAUAAAUUGUUAUCUAUAGCUAUGUGAUGCAAGCUGUUCCAUAAAACAUCCUGUAUUAUUCUAAUGUCCACCUCUGUAAGGCUGUAAAACUUGAGUUAGUUGAGAGGCAGGCAAUUCAAAAGUGGUUUAAUGCAAUAACCCUUAAUCUUGUGGAACUCAUCUUGCUUGUAGCUUUGAUCAGCACAAAUGGAUGUCAAAUGGAUAAAUUUACAGUGUAGUGCUUUUAUCUAA